CAAGAUGGGUGGUGCUGAUAUCGAGACCGCGCCGCAGACGCGGGUCAGCGAGGACGCAGAAUCGCUCAAAGCGCCUACAAAAGUCGGCAGAGAAGAGCUCGCAGACAUCGUCCCACCGCACGACGCCUACGAAGGCCGCCACCGCUUCGAUCCGCACGCCUCCUGGACCGCCGCCGAAGAGCGCCGCGUCGUGCUGAAAACCGACCUCCACCUGCUCGCCUGGCUCUGCAUCAUGAUGUUCGCGCUGCAACUCGAUCGCGGCUCCCUCUCCAACGCGCUGGCAGACAACCUCCUCAAAGACCUCAACCUCACAAGCGACGACUACAACAACGGCACCACCAUCCAACUCCUCUGUUUCCUGGCCGCAGAAUUCCCAGUCCAGUUCCUCACCAAGCGCUACGGCUUCAAGUGGAUUCUGCCCAGCAUGAUGGUCGCGUGGGGCACCGUGUCGUGGGCGCAGGCCUUCAUGCACGAUCGCACGUCUUUUUACCUGGCGCGCGCGGCUCUGGGGCUGUGCGAGGGCGGGUUUAUCCCCGGCGUUGUGCUGUUUGCGACGUACUUUUACACGUCCAAGGAGCUGUCGAUUCGGCUGGCGGCGUUUUGGUCCUCGCUCAAUGUUGCGCGUGUCAUUUCUGCCCUACUGGCUGCUGGUAUCUUGGAAAUGCGCGGCGUGGGAGGCAAACCAGGCUGGUUCUGGCUGUUCGUGCUCGAGGGUUUAUUGACGCUGCUCAUCGCGGGAGUGUCGUACGUGUGGCUGCCCGAGUCACCUACGUCGACGAAAACAGUCCUCUGGCGUAAAGGAUGGUACACCGAGCGCGAGGAAGUCAUAAUGGUCAACCGCAUCCUCCGCGACGACCCGGCAAAAGGCCUCACGCUCCUCCACGAGCCCGCCACCCUCCUCGACAUAAAAGCCGCCUGGACCGACCCCUCAAUGUGGGGUCUCUACCUCAUCGGCCUAAUCGCCUACAUCCCCGCAUCCCCAGUACAAGCCUACCUAACCCUAACCCUCAAGCGCCUAGGCUUCACAACCUUCGCCUCCAACAUGCUGACCGUGCCGUCCGCCGUGCUGCAAAUCCUGACCAUGUUCGCCCUGGCCUACAGCAGCGAUUACUUCAACGAGCGCACGCUGCACUGCAUCGUCGGCGAGUUCUGGCUGCUACCGCUCCUCACCGCGCUGCUUACCCUGCCUGACGGCGGCCGCGAGUGGGACCGCUUCUCGCUCAUCACGCUGAUUUCAGGAUACCCGUAUUUCCACCCGCUGGUCUCGGCGUGGAUCUCGGAGAAUGCGUUUGAUGUGAGGAAGCGCGCUGUUACGGCUGCGACGUAUAAUGUUAUCGUGCAGAUUGGGUCGCUGGUUGGUUCGCAGAUCUACCGUAAGUGGGAUGGCCCGUAUUAUAAGCAGGGCAAUACGGUGCUGGUGGCGAUUUGUGGACUGUCGCUUGUGGUGUUUGCGGUUCAGCGGGUGGUGUUGGUGAGGCUGAAUGGGGCGAAGGAGAGGGUGUGGAGGGGGAUGACGGGCGGGGAGAGGGCGGCUUAUCAGGCUGAUAUUGGGGCGCGAGAGGGGGAGGGGAAUAGGCGGUUGGACUUUCGGUUUAAGCUGUAG